AUGGACGAUUCAGACACUUCCACUUCUAUCAACUCAUUGGCAUCAGAUCUGACGCCUGGAAAGAACAAAAGGAAUUGGAGGGCUGCUCCACAUAAGAGCGUGGACGAGGUGAUUGAUUUUUUCCAAAAACCCGUGCAACCAUUUUCCCACGAGGAGAAGAACGACACGCAACCGGAGGCGGAGCCCUCCAUCUCCCUCAAUUUUAUCCAGCUGUUCAACGAUGUGCUCCUUCUGCUAACCAGGCUGAUCGACGUGCUCGUCCCACAGAACAGCACGAAUACCCUCAAUUUUCUCGAACAAGUCAGAAAUAACGUUUCUGGUUGGUGGGAGCAGCUGCUUAUAUUCUACAAAUCGAACUCGUAUUUGGUUAACAUCUCGGUAACCGUAUUUGUGCUCAGCAUCAUCCCCCCUGUUUUGAUAUUCAUUCUGCUAAUGGCCGUUUACACCUCAUUCAUUGGCUUUUUAUUCACCACCGGGUUCACCAUUCUUGCAAUUGCAGCAGGAGUCGGUUUCCUACCCAUUUUCAUCAUCAGCAUGUCCGUCAUUGUGUCUGUCACCGCGGCUGUGAGCCUGGCAUAUUUGGCAGUAAAUGCUGCUGUUAAUUUGUUCUCCAGUACGCUGCCAACGAGAGACUGGCUGAGCGCCGUCGCCGACGCACUCCCUCCAUCUGUUGGCAUUGCUGAGAGAAAAAGUUGA